AUGAAGCUCAGAUCGAAUACAGAGGUAUGCAGGAAAACAAUUAAGAAGGCAGAGAGAAUAUACUUAACAUACGAAUUGAAGAGUCUUUACGCCAAAAAGGAGCAAACAAACGAAGAGUUGCUAUCAAUUCAUUUAGAGUUAGCGGAGCGCAUACCAAUCGACUGCUUAAUGGAGCUUUUUGAUCAAAUGAAAACGCGCAUAAGGAAAGCCAUGAAAGAAAAGUACAAGAAAUUGAAAGGAAAACUAGAAAAGUUACAAACGAGUCAAGAAGGAGUGAACAAAAAACAGAGAGAGAAACCCGAAUUCCAUGCCAGGUUCGUAAACCUUACAGAAGUUCUCAUCAACAAAGAAGAAUCGCGAGUUUUAGAAAAAGGGCUCAAACAUAAUAUCCAGAAUUACAAUAAGGAAAAGGAAAUUGAGCAGACAAUUGUAGAUGCGGAAAUAGCUAUAUCUAUGCUGCCGAAAGAGGAACAGGAACACACUAGACACAGGUGCAAACAGUUAUUUGAAAAGGAAAUCAAAGCCAAAGGAAACAAAAACCACAGCAAAGAAAGCAAUAUAAUUAAAGGUCUGAAGCAGAAACUAAAAAACAACAACGUAAUCACGACCAAAGCUGACAAAGGAAACACAACUGUACUAAUGAAUAGAGAUGAAUACAUACAAAAAACGGAACAGCUUAUCAAAGAAACUAGAUGUAAGAAGUUAGCAAAGGAUCCCACUGAGGAAAACCAGGCCACAAUAAAAGAUACGAUAAAUAAAGCUACAAAAAUAAUAAAGCCGAACCAAAUACAUACAUUGACAAUCAUGAAUCCAUCAGCUCCUCCGAUGAAUGCACUACCUAAAAUCCACAAACUUGGCACACCCAUGAGACCAAUCAUAAACCACAGAUCGGCCCCAAGCUAUAAACUAUCAAAACACUUAAAAACUAUACUAAAGGACAACCUUGGAUUGCCCAAUAAGUACACAAUAUCUAAUACAACGGAAUUGAUUGAAAAAAUAAAAGACUCAGCGAUCACGAUGGAUACUAAACUGGUAUCAUUCGACAUAAAAGAUCUAUACCCAUCGAUACCAAUAACGGAAACAAUAGAUAUCGUAUUCAAAAUACUGAUUGAAAAAACAGGAAACAGAGAAAUCGCCGUAGAGAUAACUAAUACACUCAGAACGACGUUGCAUCAAAAUUACUUCAAAUUUAACAACAACAUAUACAUGCAAACAAACGGGCUAGGCAUGGGCAACCCCACAUCGGCGAUCCUUAUGGAGGUAUUCAUGCAGAAUUUGGAAGAAAGCCAAGUAGGCGCGNGACAUCGUCCAUCAUUCGUCAUUAACGAACAAACUAAAUAG